AAUUCUAUGAAAUUGUUAUAGACAAGAGAAGUCAUUCUUAUAAAAGGAGAGAGAUCAUUAUAUAAGAUUUGAAGUUUGAAGAUAUGACAUCGGCUUUUAGAUCAUCCACGAGGUUGAUUACUGUAUUAGGUAUAUUGAUUUUGUGUUCGGUUUCUUCUGUCGAAAGCUGGAGCAAAGAAGGUCAUAUUCUUACUUGUAGAAUUGCUCAGAGUCUUUUAGAUGCCGGACCGGCACAUGUAGUUGAAAAUCUGUUACCGGAUUACGUGAAAGGAGAUUUAUCAGCACUGUGUGUGUGGCCUGACCAGAUCCGACAUUGGUACAAGUACCGUUGGACCAGCCAUCUCCAUUACAUCGACACUCCCGACCAAGCCUGCUCUUACGAAUACUCCAGGGAUUGUCAUGAUCAACAUGGAUUGAAGGAUAUGUGUGUGGAUGGAGCAAUCCAGAAUUUCACGUCUCAACUUCAGCAUUACGGUGAAGGAACAUCUGAUCGUAGAUAUAACAUGACCGAAGCCCUUUUGUUCUUGUCUCAUUUCAUGGGAGAUAUUCAUCAGCCGAUGCAUGUGGGAUUCACAAGUGAUGAAGGAGGAAACACGAUAGAUUUACGUUGGUACAAACACAAAUCAAAUCUACAUCAUGUAUGGGACAGAGAGAUCAUUCUCACCGCUCUAAAAGAAAGCUACGACAAGAACUUGGAUCUUCUCCAAGAGGAUCUUCAGAAGAACAUCACCAAUGGAUUAUGGCACGAUGAUUUAUCUUCGUGGACAGAAUGCAACGAUCUUAUAGCUUGUCCUCACAAGUAUGCUUCGGAGAGUAUAAAGUUAGCUUGUAAAUGGGGCUACAAAGGCGUGAAGUCUGGUGAAACGUUAUCAGAGGAAUAUUUCAAUACAAGGUUGCCAAUAGUGAUGAAAAGAAUAGUUCAGGGAGGAGUUAGACUAGCCAUGAUACUAAACCGGGUUUUUAGUGACGAUCAUGCUAUUGCUGGUGUUGCUGCCACUUGAACCAAACCGGACAUACCGGGCCAUCAAAGCAUUUGAUUAAGAGAUUAUUUGAUACAUCACAAAAUUAAACAAGGCUGAUCGGACAUUCUUUUCUUUUAGUAGCUUUAUUAUCUAUUUGACUGCUAAUGCCUGUGGGCUGCUUUAUUAAUUUAGAAGUCUUUAGGAUAAGAUUAUAUGGUAAUUCAAUAAUAUUAUUUCAUCGUAUAUUCGAAUGAUCGUUUUAUAGAUUAGUGGUUCUAAGAAAUAGAUAAUUUUAUU